AAGUCAAAUGUCAUUUUGAUAAAAAUCCACAAUAUUCACGAUUUUCGACUUUAUUCCGAGCCUACAACAAACUCUCAUCGUAAAUCUGCUAGUUCUACGUGACAUUUAGAACGUACACCAUGGCUGGUCCCAACCCCUACAGUAACCUCCUACGUACGGUGGAGAUCCAUGGCAAGACAUACAAGUAUUACGACUUGGCCUCCUUCGGUGAUAAAUACAACCGCCUCCCAUACAGCAUCAGAGUGCUGCUCGAGUCAUGUGUGCGCAACUGCGACAACUUCCAAGUGUUAGAGAAGGAUGUCAACAACGUGCUAGAGUGGGAGAAAAACCAGGCCGUGGAAGGGGGAGUAGAGAUCGCUUUCAAACCCGCCAGGGUGAUAUUGCAGGACCUAACAGGGGUGCCAGCGGUGGUAGAUUUCGCGGCGAUGCGCGCCGCUGUGCGCGAGCUCGGUGGCAACCCUGACAAGAUCAACCCCAUCUGCCCCGCAGACUUAGUCAUCGACCAUUCAGUGCAGGUCGACUUCGCUAGGACACCUGAUGCUUUGAACAAGAACCAGGAAUUGGAAUUCGAAAGAAACAAGGAAAGAUUCCAGUUUUUAAAGUGGGGUGCGCAAGCUUUUGACAACAUGUUGAUCGUCCCACCAGGAUCUGGCAUCGUCCACCAGGUGAAUUUGGAAUACUUGGCCCGCGUGGUAUUCUCCAAAGAUAUGCUGCACCCAGACUCCGUCGUCGGCACCGACAGUCACACAACUAUGAUUAACGGACUUGGUGUUGUCGGCUGGGGUGUUGGAGGUAUCGAAGCAGAGGCAGUAAUGUUGGGUCAGGCCAUAAGUAUGCUGCUGCCGAAAGUGGUCGGAUACCGCCUCAUCGGGGAACUGAACCCACUGACCACCUCCACCGACCUUGUGCUCACCAUCACCAAGCACCUCCGCUCUCUCGGCGUGGUCGGCAAAUUCGUCGAGUUCUUCGGCCCCGGCGUGUCGGCCCUCAGCAUCGCGGACCGAGCCACCGUAGCCAACAUGUGUCCUGAGUUCGGGGCCACCGUGGCGCACUUCCCGGUUGACGCUAGAUCACUGCAGUACCUAGCGCAGACUAACCGCACUCAAGAGAAGAUCGACAUCAUAGAGGCGUACCUGCGAGCCACCAACCAGUUCAGGGACUACAAUGACCCCUCACAGGACCCCAUCUUCUCUGAGAUAGUCGAGCUGGACCUGUCCACCGUCGUGACGUCAGUUAGCGGCCCCAAGCGGCCGCAGGACCGCGUCUCUGUCUCUAACAUGAAGAAGGACUUCCAGGAGUGCCUCAGCAACAAGGUUGGCUUCAAAGGCUACGGCCUGAGCCCGGCGCAGCUAGACACGUCAGCCAGCUUCACAUACAGCGACGGAGCCACGUAUACGAUCCGACACGGAUCCGUGAUCAUAGCGGCCAUCACCUCCUGCACCAACACCUCCAACCCGAGCGUCAUGCUGGGCGCAGGUAUGCUGGCGAAGAAAGCCGUGGAGAAUGGCCUGAGCGUAUUGCCUUACAUCAAGACUUCCCUGUCACCUGGCUCUGGAGUUGUCACGUAUUACCUCAGGGAAUCUGGAGUGGUACCGUACUUGGAGAAGUUAGGGUUCGACAUCGUCGGGUAUGGCUGCAUGACCUGUAUCGGCAACUCUGGACCCAUCGAUGAUAACAUAGCCAACACCAUUGAGAAGAACGAGCUGGUGUGCUGCGGCGUCCUCUCCGGCAACCGCAACUUUGAAGGCCGCAUCCAUCCCAACACGCGGGCCAACUAUCUCGCCUCUCCCCUAUUGGUCAUCGCCUACGCUUUGGCUGGCACUGUCGAUAUCGACUUUGAAAGUCAACCACUGGGUAAACGUGCCGAUGGCAGUCCGGUGUUCUUGCGCGACAUCUGGCCCACCAGGGCCGAGAUCCAGGAGGUGGAAAACAAACACGUCAUCCCCAACAUGUUCAAAGAGGUGUACGAGAAGAUAGAGCUGGGGUCACCUUCCUGGCAGGCCCUGGACGUGCCGAAGGGCAAGCUGUACGGCUGGGACCCCAACUCGACCUACAUCAAGAGACCGCCUUUCUUCGACGGGAUGACCAAGGAGCUGGGCACCAUUAGUGACAUAGAGAACGCCCGCUGCCUGCUGCUGCUCGGCGACUCGGUGACCACCGACCACAUCUCGCCCGCCGGAGCCAUUGCGCGGAACUCCCCCGCGGCGCGCUACCUCGCUGGCCGAGGGUUAACCCCCCGCGAGUUCAACUCAUAUGGUUCUCGUCGAGGCAACGACGCCAUCAUGUCGCGCGGAACGUUCGCGAACAUUCGCAUCGUGAACAAGAUGGCGCCCGCGCCCGGACCCAGGACCACACACUAUCCCAGCGGGGACCUCAUGGAUAUCUUCGAUGCGGCUGACAGAUACGCGCAAGAGAAGGUGCCCCUGAUCGCCAUCGUGGGCAAGGACUACGGCUCGGGCUCCAGCCGCGACUGGGCCGCCAAGGGACCCUACCUAUUGGGCAUCAAAGCGGUGAUCGGCGAAUCUUUCGAGCGCAUCCACCGCUCCAACCUGGUGGGCAUGGGCAUCAUGCCGCUGCAGUUCCUGCCCGGGGACUCCGCCGACGGCCUCGGCCUCACGGGGGCGGAGCGCUACAGCCUGAAGGUGCCGAAGGACCUCUCACCGGGACAGCACAUCACUGUGCAGGUGGACAACGGCAAGUCGUUCCAAGUGAUCGCGCGCUUCGACACGGAGGUGGACCUCACAUACUUCCGCAACGGAGGCAUCCUGAACUACAUGAUUAGGAAGAUGCUGUAGGCACAUUACAUAUCUCGCAGUAGUAUGGUUUUGUUGCCGAAAUAGCUACAUAUUACAUAUGUCGCAGUAGUAUGUUUUUUUAUAGGAGGGGGUUGAUGAUUCCGAACUACUUUAACCAUAUAUUCCGGUAUACGCAUUCGGUGGUUAAAAUGAAGACCUUAUUUGGUUAAAAAUAAAAGAAAACUGUGUUGAUACGUUGUUGUACUCGUGUUAUCUACAAAUUCCAAGAUUAAGACUAAGAUCUGGACAGAAGAUUGAAUGUAAACGAUUUAUUUGUGUAAAACCUAUACAUUUUCAUUUAAGGUGCUUUAGAAUAACAUCGAAAGCGGGGUAAUUUUGAAAAUCGCAAAAUUUACUUAACUAGAAGCACUAUCUACUGUAGCAACAUACGCAAGAUGCCUUGAUAAGCUUUGCGGUAACACUAGUGUUGCCUAUAGGCAAUUUCCAAUUUCUUUAUCCAAUGUCAGUGCGUUCACUCUCUCAUUAAAGAAAAUGUGAGACGCAAUACACAUUGAACAAAGAAAUUGGAUAGGUGGAAUACCACCCUAAGUAUGAAAUACCUCUAGUUUUGUAGAUAUCAGCGAUUUUCAAACUUUGUAUUUGAUUGUAUUUAUAACAAGAAUUUCGAAACAAUUGAAUGACAAUUGUUAUUUUUGUAAUCGAAUUUCUCAAUAUACUUCCAAAAGGCACCUUUAUGCUUGUUUGUAAUCCAUCAUUAACGAUUAUAAUUAUAACACAAGAUUCUGCUGUUUUAUAUAAUUUUCAAACAUUGAUUUUUUUUCAUUCGUAUCUAAUUGUGUAGACGCAAAUUUCAUCACUUUCAAGACUAAUUUUGUAUUUCUUUUCUUUUUUUAACUUUGAUUUUUAUUUGUUGCUAUACAAAACGUUAUUGUUAUUUUAUUUACUGCCACUAAGUAUAUUUUUAUCUUCACUGUGUAAACGGUAUAGUGUUUAUAUUUUCAUGCAAUUGUUUUAUACUUCGGCACACCCAGUUUGUCAGUGGAAAAAGGGGGAAGAUUUAAAAAUUGUAGGCGCGAGGGGUCUCACAUAGAAAAUUUGAAUUUCGCGCCUUUUUCUACUGACAAACUGGGUGUGCCAGAGUAUAAUUAGUAUGUAGCAAUAAAAUGGUUUGUGUAAAUCUUAAAAUCAUGGGCUUAAGGCUGGUUUUUAUAUUUUUUACUUUAAUAAUAGUUACUACUGGUAAGUAAAAUAUUUUGUAUUUUAAUGGAAUAAACAGAUAUUUUAUUAA